CACCAUGUGGCUCCUAAGGCUAAAGUACCACUUGUCAGUCAACAUCUGGACUCUGCUGCUUCUGGGGAGUGCCUGGCUGCCCUUAUCAGAAGGCACCCCCAAGUCCUCCUCUCCUUUUAGGACUUUCCAGGUCACAGACUGGAGUUUGACACACUUGGUAGUCCACAAUAAAACCGGGGAGGUGUACGUAGGUGCUGUCAACCGGAUCUAUAAGCUUGCAAACAACCUCACGCUACUGCGCACUCAUGUGACAGGGCCAGUGGACGACAAUGAGAAGUGCUACCCACCACCCAGUGUGCAGUCAUGCCCACAUGGGCUAGUCAGCACCAACAACGUCAACAAGUUGCUACUGGUGGAUUAUUCUGGGAACCGGCUGAUAGCCUGUGGCAGCGCUUCUCAGGGCAUCUGCCAGUUCCUGCGCUUAGAUGACCUUUUCAAGUUGGGUGAGCCUCACCACCGCAAGGAGCACUACCUCUCCAGUGUGAAUGAGUCAGGCACCAUGUCAGGUGUCAUCAUUGAAGUGCAAAAUGGGCAGAACAAACUCUUCAUUGGUACACCCAUUGACGGCAAGUCGGAGUAUUUCCCUACCCUGUCCAGCCGCAAGCUGAUGGACAGCGAAGAGAAUGCAGAAAUGUUUGGCUUUGUUUAUCAGGAUGAAUUUGUCUCUUCCCAGCUCAAGAUCCCAUCCGACACACUCUCCAAGUUCCCCACAUUUGAUAUCUACUACAUCUACAGCUUCAGCAGUGAGCAGUUUGUCUACUACCUGACCUUGCAGUUGGACACCCAACUUACCUCACCUGACUCGACUGGAGAGCAGUUCUUCACCUCUAAGGUUGUCCGGCUAUGUGUGGGUGAUCCCAAAUUCUACUCGUAUGUGGAAUUCCCCAUUGGUUGUGUUCGUGAUGGCAUUGAAUACCGCCUGAUUCAAGACGCUUAUCUCAGCAAGCCUGGGAAGGCGCUGGCCAAACAGCUGGGCAUCUCAGAACAUGAGGAUAUCCUCUUCACAGUCUUCUCUCAGGGCCAGAAGAACAGGGUCAAGCCACCAAAGGAAUCUGUCCUUUGCCUCUUCACACUGAAGAAAAUCAAAGACAAAAUCAAGGAGCGCAUCCAGUCUUGCUACCGUGGGGAAGGGAAGCUCUCUUUGCCCUGGCUUUUGAACAAGGAAUUGGGCUGCAUAAACUCACCUCUGCAAAUCGAUGACAAUUUCUGUGGGCAGGAUUUUAACCAACCAUUGGGUGGGACAGUCACCAUUGAAGGUGUGCCACUGUUUGUGGACAAGGAAGAUGGUAUGACAUCAGUAGCUGCUUAUGACUAUCGUGGGCACACCGUUGUUUUUGCUGGGACAAGAAGUGGCAAGAUCAAAAAGAUCCUGGUAGAUCCUGCCAAUCCCAUUGGACGUUCAGCAUUGCAGUAUGAGAAUGUCGUGGCCCAUGAAGGCAGCUCCAUUUUGCGGGACUUGGUGCUCAGCCCUGAUCUCCAGUACCUCUAUGCCAUGACUGAAAAGCAGGUGACUCGUGUGCCAGUGGAGAGCUGUGAGCAAUAUACAACCUGUGCGUUGUGCCUGGGCUCCAGGGACCCUCACUGUGGCUGGUGUGUUUUACACAACAUCUGUUCGCGGAAGGACAGGUGUGAACGAGCGGAGGAGCCUCAGCGCUUUGCCUCGGAUCUGCGCCAGUGUGUCCAGCUGACUGUCCAGCCUAAGAACAUAUCUGUCACCAUGUCAGAAGUCCCGCUGGUCCUACAGGCCUGGAAUGUCCCUGAUCUCUCUGCUGGUGUGAACUGCUCUUUUGAAGACUUUACAGAGUCAGAGAGUCGCAUUGAAGAUGGCAGGAUCUACUGCAGCUCUCCUUCUACAAAGGAUGUCAUCCCUAUCACCAGGGGUCGAGGCGAUAAGCAAGUUGUGAAGCUCUACCUCAAAUCCAAGGAGACUGGGAAGAAGUUUGCAGCUGUGGAUUUUGUCUUUUACAACUGUAGCGUUCACCAAUCCUGCCUGUCUUGUGUGAAUGGGUCCUUCCCUUGCCACUGGUGCAAAUAUCGUCACAUCUGUACCCACAAUGCUGCUGACUGUUCCUUUGUGGAAGGACGUGUCAAAAUGUCUGAGGAUUGCCCACAGAUCCUUCCCUCCACCCAGAUAUAUAUUCCUGUGGGUGUGGUGAAGCCCAUCACAUUGACAGCUAAAAACCUACCGCAGCCACAGUCCGGUCAGCGCAAUUAUGAGUGCAUCUUCCAUAUCCCCGGCAGUCCCACACGUGUCACUGCUCUGCGCUUUAACAGCACCAGCAUCCAGUGCCAGAACACCUCGUAUUUCUAUGAAGGGAAUGACAUCAGUGACCUCCCAGUGAACCUUUCUGUGGUAUGGAAUGGGAACUUCAUCAUUGAUAAUCCACAGAACAUUCAGGCUCACCUAUACAAAUGCUCGGCGCUGCGCGAAAGUUGUGGUCUGUGCCUCAAGGCAGAUCCGCGAUUCGAGUGUGGCUGGUGUGUUUCUGAAAAGCGGUGUUCCCUGCGCCAACACUGCCCUGCCUCUGAGAUCAGCUGGAUGCAUGCUAGCAAUGGCAACAGCCGCUGUACGGACCCCAAAAUAAUCAAGCUGUUUCCUGAAACGGGCCCCCGGCAGGGGGGUACUCGCUUAACCAUCAUCGGCGAGAACCUGGGCCUGAAGUUUGAGGAUGUACGCUUGUGGGUGCGAGUUGGGAAAGUGAUGUGCCUUCCUAUUGAGAGCGAAUACAUCAGUGCUGAGCAGAUUGUCUGUGAGAUUGGAGAAGCCAGCCCUAGCAAAAUCCAAGAUGCACCUGUGGAAGUCUGCGUCAGGGACUGUUCCCCCAACUACAAGGCCACAGCCCCGAAAAGCUUCACCUUUGUGAAUCCCACAUUCUCACAAGUGACACCAUCACGGGGCCCUCUCUCUGGGGGCACCUGGAUUAGCAUAAAGGGAAAGCACCUCAAUGCAGGAAGUGACAUCACAGUGACCAUCGGGGGGCAAGCUUGUGCCUUUUCAUGGAGAAAUGCUGGCGAGAUCCGGUGUAAGACGCCACCUGGGCAGGUCCCAGGGGAGACACCCAUCCUCAUCCAUAUAAACCGAGCUGUACUUAGCAGUCCUGAAGUGGCAUACUACUACACGGAAGACCCCACCAUUCAGAAGAUAGAUCCAGAGUGGAGUAUCAACAGUGGUGGGACGCUAUUGACGGUAACAGGCACCAACCUGGCCACAAUCAAGGAACCCAGGAUCCGAGCCAAGUAUGGCAGCUCUGAGAGGGAGAAUAACUGCACUGUCUACAAUGACACCACCAUGGUGUGCUAUGCUCCCUCCAUUGACAACCCGGAUCGGAGCCCCCCAGAGCUUGGUGACCGACCGGAUGAGAUUGGUUUUGUCAUGGAUAAUGUCCAGGCCUUGCUGAUCAUCAACAAAACUAAUUUUGUGUAUUAUCCAGACCCUGUGUUUGAGUCUCUCCCUUCCGGCAUGUUGGAGCUCAAGCCAAGCUCCCCACUCAUCCUCAAGGGCCGUAACCUGCUCCCUCCAGCAACUGGAAAUUCCCGUCUAAACUACACUGUGCUUAUUGGUGACACUCCCUGUGCCCUGACAGUUUCUGAGACCCAACUUCUCUGCGAGUCACCAAACCUCACAGGACAGCACAAAGUGACGAUCAAGGCUGGUGGCUUUGAGUUCUCACCAGGGACGCUGCAGAUCUACUCAGACAACUUGUUGACCCUCCCAGCCAUCAUUGGCAUUGGUGGGGGUGGGGGCCUUCUCUUGCUCAUCAUCAUAAUUGUCCUUAUUGCAUACAAACGGAAGUCCCGAGAUGCUGAUCGCACUCUCAAACGUUUGCAACUGCAGAUGGACAACCUGGAAUCCCGCGUGGCCUUGGAGUGCAAGGAAGCCUUUGCUGAGCUGCAGACUGAUAUCCAUGAGCUGACCAAUGACUUGGAUGGGGCUGGGAUCCCCUUCUUGGACUAUCGCACCUAUGCCAUGAGGGUCCUCUUCCCAGGAAUAGAAGACCAUCCUGUUCUCAAAGAAAUGGAGGUCCAGGCCAAUGUAGAGAAAUCCUUGGCCCUGUUUGGCCAGCUCUUGAACAAAAAACACUUCCUUCUGACCUUCAUUCGCACCCUCGAGGCCCAGCGCAGCUUCUCCAUGCGGGACCGGGGUAAUGUGGCCUCCUUAAUCAUGACAGCGCUACAAGGUGAGAUGGAGUAUGCCACUGGGGUGCUCAAGCAGCUUCUUUCAGACCUGAUUGAGAAGAACUUGGAGAGCAAGAACCAUCCAAAAUUACUCUUGAGGCGGACGGAGUCAGUGGCUGAGAAAAUGCUGACAAACUGGUUCACAUUCCUUCUGUACAAGUUCUUAAAGGAGUGUGCAGGUGAACCUCUGUUCAUGCUUUACUGUGCCAUCAAACAGCAGAUGGAGAAGGGGCCCAUUGAUGCCAUCACAGGAGAAGCCCGCUAUUCUCUAAGUGAAGACAAGCUCAUCCGUCAGCAAAUUGACUACAAAAUGCUGACUCUGAACUGUGUGAACCCUGAGAAUGAAAAUGCUCCUGAGAUCCCAGUCAAGGUCCUGAACUGUGAUACCAUCACACAAGUGAAAGAGAAGCUUCUAGAUGCUGUGUACAAGGGAGUCCCCUACUCCCAGAGACCCAAAGCAGGAGACAUGGAUCUGGAGUGGCGGCAGGGCAGGAUGGCUCGGAUAAUACUGCAGGAUGAAGAUGUAACCACCAAAAUCGACAACGACUGGAAAAGGCUCAACACCCUUGCCCAUUACCAGGUGACAGACGGCUCCUGCGUAGCACUGGUGCCCAAGCAGAAUUCAGCCUACAAUAUUUCUAACUCCUCCACCUUCACCAAGUCACUCAGUAGAUAUGAGAGUAUGCUCCGGACAGCCAGCAGCCCCGACAGUCUCCGUUCCCGGACCCCCAUGAUCACCCCUGAUCUGGAGAGCGGUACCAAACUGUGGCAUCUGGUGAAAAAUCAUGACCACAUGGAUCAACGAGAAGGUGAUCGGGGCAGCAAGAUGGUCUCAGAAAUCUACUUGACCCGACUGCUAGCCACCAAGGGGACCUUGCAGAAGUUUGUUGAUGACCUCUUUGAGACUAUCUUCAGCACAGCCCACCGAGGGAGUGCCUUGCCUUUGGCCAUCAAGUAUAUGUUUGAUUUCCUGGAUGAACAAGCUGAUAAGCACCAGAUCAAUGACUACGACGUCAGGCACACCUGGAAGAGUAACUGUCUACCUCUGCGUUUUUGGGUGAAUGUGAUUAAGAAUCCCCAGUUUGUGUUUGACAUUCACAAGAACAGUAUUACUGAUGCUUGCCUAUCAGUGGUGGCUCAGACAUUCAUGGACUCUUGCUCAACUUCUGAGCACAAGCUAGGGAAAGACUCUCCCUCCAACAAACUACUGUAUGCCAAGGACAUCCCCAAUUACAAGAGCUGGGUAGAAAGAUAUUAUGCAGAUAUUGCUAAAAUGCCAGCAAUCAGCGAUCAAGACAUGAGCGCCUACCUAGCGGAACAGUCACGGUUACACUUGAGCCAGUUCAACAGCAUGAGUGCACUGCAUGAGAUCUACUCUUACAUCACCAAGUACAAGGACGAGAUCUUAGCUGCUUUAGAGAAGGAUGAACAGGCCCGAAGGCAACGGCUGCGGAGUAAGUUGGAGCAGGCAAUUGACACAAUGGCCCUGAGCAGCUGAAAAGGCCGGAGUGGGUGAUGCAGACUUCCCUAGCAGUGGAUACUAAGAUAGGGGAGACAGAGGGCAUGGAGGUGCGCGGCAAGCAAGAAAGCAGGAAUAUCUUGGGGCCCAGCACCAAGCAAUGCACAGAGUCCGCUGCGUCUUGGAAGACUUUUACACAAGCAAACCGCAAAAACUUAACCACCGUUACCACAAACAUAAAAAUGAACCUAUGUAGAGACUUUUUGAAAGGUGCGACGUAGCGAAGAAUCUGAAGGACCCUACGAGAUGCUCAAGGAAGGUCAGGGAAAAGAGCUCCAGCUCGGCUGCCCACUGCUCCCCAAG